AUGUACGCUGUCACUGGUACUGAGGCAGCUGGAUCAGGUAACCUCAUCAUCGGGUCUUGUGUGAUAGCUGGUAGGAGCUUGCAUGUUCUGUUCGAUUCGGGGCCGACACAUUCUUUUGUGUCAGAAUUUAGAGUGGUGGAGUUGGGUCUUCCGGUGAAGGAGCUCCAGUAUGACCUUGUGGUGUCCACACCUGCUUCUGGGUUAGUCAGAACCUCGACCGUGUGUGCUAGGUGUAAGAUCGAGGUUGAGGGGUGCAAGUAUAGGGUGGACAAGGCAAUGAAGGAAGGGUCUCAAUGCUUCUUGAUUUUGACUCAGUUAUCCGUUGAGACUGAGAUGGGACCCUUGGAGGCGUCUUUAGUGGGGGAUUUCUCAGAUGUGUUUCCUAAGGAUGUGCCUGGCCUACCCCCUACUAGGGAGAUAGAGUUCUCCAUUGACCUGGUGCCAGGAGCAGGGCUAGUGUCCAUAGCACCCUACAGAAUGGCCCCUGCUGAGCUAGUGGAGUUGAAGAAACAGAGUGAAGAGCUUCUAGAGAAAUAG